AUGAAACCCACAUCCGCCCUCGGGGCCAUUGGUGUCUCAAGUCUAUUACUGUCAGGUGUAGGCGCUAUUGAACUGGACGUUAACUCACCAGACUCGAUUAAGAAAGCUGCAAAGGCACUCUCCACUAACCUACGGAAUCAAUACACUGGUGACAGACCGGGCGAUGUCCCCGGCAAUCUUCCAGACCCUUACUACUGGUGGGAAUGCGGUGCCAUGUUCAACGCCUUCAUCGACUAUUGGUAUUAUACCGGUGAUAACCAGUAUAACAGCAUCACAACGCAGGCUCUAGAGCAUCAGAUUGGGGACAACAACGCAUUCAUGCCACCAAAUCAGACCAAGUCACUAGGAAACGAUGAUCAGGGUUUCUGGGGCAUGGCUGCCAUGUCGGCUGCCGAGAACAAAUUACCCGAUCUUAAAGACGGGCCUUCAUGGCUCUCUCUUGCUCAGGCCGUAUUCCAGACCCAAUACAAGCGAUGGGACGACAUGACAUGCGGCGGCGGGCUCAGAUGGCAGAUCUUCCAAUUCAACCCCGGAUACAACUACAAGAACACUAUUUCCAAUGGAUGCUUCUUCAACAUCGCUGCACGUCUAUACAAGUACCUCGGCAAUGACACGUACUUUGAGUGGGCUGAAAAGACCUGGGAGUGGGAGCUGUCCGUAGGACUCAUAAGCCCAGAUUUGAAUUUCUUCGACGGAGCCGAUGACCUUCAGAACUGUACCAGUAUUGACCGCAUUCAGUGGACCUAUAAUGCCGGUGUGCACAUGUCUGGUGCUGCUGCCAUGUGGAAUGUGACUCAGAAUGAGUUAUGGAGAGACAGGCUUCAGGGUCUCAUCGACGGAAUCAGUGUCUUCUUUAAGGAUGGCGUUAUGAUCGAAGUCGCGUGUGAGAACAACAACAAGUGCGACAUCGACCAGCGCUCUUUCAAAGCCUACCUUGCCCGCUGGCUAGGAUACACAGCUAUUGUCGCCCCCUGGACGCGUGACCAAAUCGACCCGUUACUUAAGGCCUCAGCCAAGGCUGCUGCAGCACAGUGUAAUGGUGGUAAAGACCAGGUGUCGUGCGGUCUCCGAUGGGUUGACAACGGCAAAAAUGAUGGCAGCUUUGGUGUUGGUGAGCAGAUGGCUGCCUUAGAAAUAGUGCAGGCAUUGCUCUAUCCUACUGUUGAUGGUCCAGUUACUGCUGAAAGAGGCGGUAUUUCGAAAAGUGACCCGGACGCUGGAAACAACGCGCCUGCUGAUCCCACCACUGUCAAUUCCAUCACUACUAGUGAUAGGGUCGGUGCUAGUAUCCUAACCAUCAUUGUACUAGUUGGUACGAUUGUUGGCGCUUGGUGGAUGGUUUCGUAA